CGGGGCCUGCCGGGGGGUAAAUGGGGAGCCGCGCGAGCGUGCGGGGAGCGGCGGGGCCGGAGCCUGCAGGCGCCAUGGCGGGGCUGAGCCGCUCGGAGGUGUGCGGGCUGCUGCGGCAGGAGCUGAGCCGCGACGGCGCCUUCGGGGAGCCCCACGCCUUCGUCAUCUUCGGCGCCUCCGGGGACCUGGCCCGGAAGAAGAUCUACCCCACCAUCUGGUGGCUGUUCCGCGACGGGCUCCUCCCCGACGCCACCUUCGUGGUCGGCUUCGCGCGCACGCAGCUGACGGUGGCGCAGCUCCGCGAGCAGACGCUGCCCUACAUGAAGGCGGCGCCGUCGGAGCAGGCGCAGCUGGAGGCGUUCUUCGAGCGGCAGAGCUGGGUGCGGGGGCAGUACGGGGACCCCGAGGCGUUCCGGCGCCUGGACGCCCACCUGCGGGCGCUGCCGGGGGGGCCGCGCGCCCACCGCCUCUUCUACCUGGCGCUGCCCCCGGGGGUCUACGCCCCCGUCACCCGCCACAUCCGCCAGGCCUGCAUGGGCGACGGGUACGGGGGGGCUUUUGGG